GAGAAGGUGUGCAUGUUCACAACGUAUCAGUUUGUCUCUCAAAUAUAAAGAGAUUGUAAGAAAGUCAAAAGGAUGGCAUUGCAAAAUGGUGAGCUAUCUAAAGAGCUACUUGAUUCUCAAGCUCACAUAUGGAACCAUAUUUUCAGCUUUAUAAACUCCAUGUCACUUAAGUGUGCAAUUCAGCUACAAAUACCUGAUAUUAUCCAUCGCCAUGGUGCACCAAUGCUGCUUUCCGAGUUAGUCGAAGCCCUCGCCAUAAACCAGGAGAGAACUCCAUUUGUCUAUCGGCUUAUGCGCAUCCUUGUUCACUCCGGUUUCUUUGUGAAACAAAGUGUAUCAACACCCGGAGGCAAUGAUGAGGAGGGAGGAGAAGGCUAUUUGCUAACUCCUGUUUCUCGAUUGCUACUAAAGGAAGAGCCAUUAAGUGUUAGGCCCCUUUUGCUAGCCAUGUUGGAUCCAAUGUUGAUGGAUCCAUGGCAACACUUGAGCAAAUGGUUCCAAAACGACGAUGUCACCCCCUUUCACACAACCCAUGGGAAGAUGUUUUGGGAUCUGGCAGGCCAAGAGCCGAAGCUUAAUCAGUUCUUUAAUGAAGGGAUGGCUAGCGAUGCAAGGCUUGUCACAAGUGUCAUUCUUAAAGAUUGUAGGGGUAUUUUUGAAGGGUUAGAUUCAAUUGUUGAUGUUGGGGGUAGUAGUGGGACUGUUGCUGAAGCUAUUGCCAAAGCAUUUCCCAAUAUUAGGUGCAUCAGUUUUGAUCUUCCUCAUGUAGUUGAUGGUUUGGUUGGGAGUAACAACUUAACUUUUGUUGGUGGAGACAUGUUUGAAGCCAUUCCGAGAGCCGAUGCUGUUUUGCUUAACUGGAUUCUACACGACUGGAGUGAUGAAGAAUGCAUGAAAAUACUGAAGCAAUGCAGAAAAGCAAUUCCGAGCAAGGAAAAUGGAGGAAAACUGAUUAUCAUGGACAUGGUCGUGAAGGCAGAGAAAGGAGUGAGAAAGAUGGGCAAAGCUCUUCUUUGAUGCUGGCUUUGGCGAUUACAAAAUAACUCCGAUUUUAGGGCUAAGAUCUCUAAUUGAAGUUUAUCCAUAGUUAAGUUACAUUGCUCUCUAUACAACAUAAUUUCUCAUCAAGAAAACAUGAAACUUCUUAGCAUGUUCUUGUCUUUCUAUCCGCGUUGUCGUUCUUCGUCAUUUUAGUUUCAUGAAAAUAAAUGUUCUUGUAUGUGAUUCUUUUGUAUCAAUUCUUGAGGAUAUGUGAAGUAUGGGUGUGCUAAAGGCCUCAAAGUUUUA